AUGCCAGAGACACCCGUUGACUCUUUCACCGGACAAAUGUCUUUUCCCCUCGUCAAUGGGGCGGGCCGGGGCGCCAUAGGCCUCACUGGCGAUGUGGAGGACAGCUUCUUCCUCGCGGCAUGGUCUGAUGGCGCAGGCGGCGUGAUGGCGUCGUUCAGGCAAGGCACCAACGAGGAUGGCCCACCCGAGGUGGUGGGAAACUUUGCUGUUUCGCCAUCGCGGAGGCCACGGCAGUCAACGACUCGUUUCUCACCUUCACAUUUCUAUGUGAAGGCUGCAUGGACAGUGCCCUGGGACUUGGUGCGGAGGUUACUAGCCAACGCUCGCCCGACGGCCAACUUGGCUUCCACGAGGAGGGGUUUUGGGCCGUUCACGGUGAGGCUGGGACAAGCCCGGGCUGCAUCUUGUGAUGGGGUUGCGGCCCAGGCUGGAACUCCUAUACAGGCUUCAGGUAAUGCCAGUCCGGUUGCAUUGAAUGUCGCGGGUGGGGAGUCCGAGGGCGAGGAUGACGAUGAUGAAAACGAAUGGGGCGGAGGGGGGAGCUCCGUUGGUGGCUCGUCAGACGACCAAGAGGAUGAUGAUGAUUGA